AUGUUUCGAUCACCGUAUCGAUGGAUACUAAUAAAUAAUGAUAUUAAUGAUAUCGAAACAACUUUAAUGCAAAAUAUGUCAGAUAUCAACAUUUUUGUUGACUCAGAAGUUUUGAUAAUUCACCAGGAAAGUAGCGGUUUUUACAAGCUAUAUUAUAUUUAUAAAAUAAGCUCUGAAAGCAAGUGGCUGACGGAAUUGUAUGGAAUAUGGAAUAUCACUAAUGUUCUCAAAAAAUCUCCUAAUCAGAUAGAAGUCACUGCUCUCCGAAGACUCAAUUUGGAUAAUUACGAACUUAAAAUUUGCUACGUUCUAACAGAUAAUGAUAGUAUUAACCACUUGGCUGAUGAAGUG